CUAGUGAGCUCGUCCACCGCCGUCUCCGCUCUUUUGACUCCUCGGAGGAGAAACUCGCCGCCUCCUCUCUGCAGCAUUUCUACUCUCUUUGUGAUUCAGUUUCAUCGUUUUUUUGUUUUUUUUGUUUGGUUCUUUUCAGCUGUGAGAUCGUGCAGGGAAGAAAAGGCUCAGCAAUAGAGGCUGGAGUGUUUCUCUUCUGUCAUUUUGGUGCCAUUUGAUUAAAGGACUUGGCUGCAUUAAACGAAGUUAUCGUGCACACUUGCAGUAUUUUAUUUUAUUGUUUGUUUUUUUUUGGACGGGGGAAUCUGUUGCAGCUCGACAGGAGCAGAGCGCACCGUGAGGGGGGUUUUAACCGAGACAAAGUGAGAGAGACAUGGCGACCGAAGUGGAGACGUGGUCCACGGCAGCUCCAGCCGACGGGAUGUUUUCUUUUGACGCCAACUUGGCAGAGGCUUCCCGGCCCUACAGUGAUGACGAAGACGCGCUGAACGAGGUCGAGGUCAACGGCAACUGGACGCCCCAGGAGAAGGCCCUCCACGAGGCCCGUCUCAAAGCCAAGGCCAAGCGUCGCCUGCGCAAGUCCUCAUCUCGCAACUCCACCAGCGAGUCCUUCUCCGAGUCGGGAGAUGUUCCAGGCGGUGACCCACACAGUCCCAAGGGCAAAGUCAACACCAACGACCGCAAAUCCAGGGCGGGCAAAGGCAGAGGACUGCCGAAAAAAGGUGGGGCUGGUGGUAAAGGCGUUUGGGGAGCUGCUGGGAUGGUUUAUGAAGAUGAGGAGCCUGAUGCACGAGAUCCCAACUAUGAUGAAUCCUCCCAGGGGGACACGGUUUAUGCAACAGUUGUGCCAGAGGUAGACGAGAAGGAGCUAGAAAAAAUGGUCAACCCAAUUGUACAGGAGUACUUCGAACACGGAGACACAAAAGAGGUCGAGAUGUUGCUGAAGGAGUUAAACUUGGGCCCACAUAAGUACGAGUUCUCCUCUUUGGCCGUGUCCUUGUCCCUUGAAGGCAAGGCCAGCCACAGAGAACUCACCUCCCGACUGCUGUCCGAUCUGUCGGGGAAGCUCAUGUCUCAAAGUGACAUGGCCCGAGCCUUCGACAAGAUGCUCAAAGAGCUUCCAGACCUCAUACUGGACACGCCGGAGGCUCCACAGAUGUUAGGUCAGUUUAUAGCCAGAGCCAUCGCCGAUCACGUCCUGCCCAUGUCUUUCCUGGACUGCUAUAAGGGCAAAGUGGACUGUGAGUACGCCAGAGUGGCUUUAGACCGUGCUGCAGUGCUGCUAACCAUGAAGAGGGAGAUGGUUCGUCUAGACAAUGUGUGGGGCGUCGGUGGAGGUCUCAGACCUGUCAAACAUCUCGUCAAAGAGAUGAACCUCUUGCUCAAAGAGUACCUGGUAUCAGGAGACGUGUCGGAGGCGGAGCGCUGUCUGCGGGACCUGGAAGUCCCUCACUUCCACCAUGAGCUGGUCUACGAGGCUGUGGUGAUGGUACUGGAGUCGAAAGGAGACACUGCCAGUCAUAUGAUGAUAAAACUUCUGCAGUCCUUCUGGAAAACAGGCCUCAUCACUGUGGAUCAGAUGAACAGGGGUUUCCAGCGAGUCUAUGAUGAGCUCCCUGAAAUCAGCCUCGAUGUGCCACAUGCCCACUCCAUCAUGGAGACCUUUGUGGAUCUCUGCUACCAGGAGUCUGUCAUCACCAAACAGCUGAGGGAUGCUUGUCCCUCCAGAGGGCGGAAGCGUUUUGUGAGCGAAGGAGAUGGAGGGAUGAUCAAGAACUAAUCCAUCAGAGGAAGAGCAGCAAGAGGAGGAGGAGAAAGGGUGUCUACUGGUUCUUACACCUCGUUUCUGCUUCAGUGUGUUUCCCUGAAACCGGGCAUGCCUGCAGUCUGACGUUUCCUUGAUCCUCUCCUGAUCAUGUUGUCAUUACACAAACCAGCGUUGACGUUCGGUGAAAGCAAACUAAAGAGUGGCUUGGGGGUUCAGUUCCCUUCAUCUUCGUAAUCACUGUUUUUGACAGUUUUUUUUUUUUUUUGAAGAAUAUUCUGUGUUUCUGGGGAUGGUGUAACCCUCUUGCCUCAGUCUUUUUACCUGUUUGUCAAGAAUAACUCAAGUCAGAGCUGCAUAAAAACAGGACAGGCAGGAUUUUGUGAGAGAUUUUUUUUUUUUUGCUUUGUUUCACCUGUUGCCAUUUUUUUUUUCAUGUAUUGUGCUAUAAAUGGAAAAAAGCACUUCAGGACAGACAGUGCAUACUGUGCAGGCCGUGAGCACUUAGUAAUUUAGCUCAGCCACAAGGAUCUAAACCUUUUUAUCUUCUGUCACAAAUUAUUUGAAAUUAUUUCAAGGACAUCAUGCUUUGUACUUUCUGGUUCAAGUGGUUCUAUUGAUACUUUAUGAACAGUGCUUUUUGUUAUUUUAUUUUUCUUCAUCUCUUGGUCUCUGAGGCCAAAUGUUUACUUUGUAAAGCAGCAGUGAAAGCAAGAGGUGUUUGGGCACUGGGUGUUUUUUGAGACAUGCAUUAGGGCAAAUGUACUUCUAAAAUAAUAAAUUGGGAUACAUGUGUAUACAAAAAAAGAAAGAAAAUGAAAGUAAUAUUUUGAGCACUCUGACUUUUCUUGCCGUUAGCUGAUGUAUCCUGCCUCAUGGUCAGCAGGUGAUUCUGGACAGGCAACCUUCAAAUACAAAACCAAAUAUGCUGUAGAGCAUCUGCGAUUCUUUAAAGUUGGAAUCUGUUUAAUGACUCUAAAAAGGUAAAGUCAAAUUUUUCUUGGAAGACAGUUUGUCACUGCCCUUGUCUAACAGUUUUACAUGUUGACCAAAGUUGAAAUGAGUAUGUUUUAUUCAUUAAAAAUAGGCAACAAAUGAAA